AUGUCAAGUAAGGGCAGAAAAAAACGAAAUACUCGUAGGCAAAGGUAUGAGGACAAUGAGGAGGAUGCCCAAAGUGAAUUCAACUACAUGUCAGAAAGGGAUUCUAGAAAGACUGAAGAUUUGCAUGGUCUUGCAAAAACGUGUGCAUGGGGUGAACUGAACGAUGAGAUGGUGCUUCUGGUCCUCAUUAUUGGUAUGAAAGAUGAGGCUCUAAGUGAUAGACUCCAGCUGGACUCUCAAUUGACUCUGGAGAAGGCGAUUAAUACCUUGCGCCAACACGAGGAGCUAGAACGCCAAAAACGUGAGCUCGCCAAUACUAAUGUUUUUAUGGUGAAUCAAACUUCAAUACAAGUUGGUAAAACAAAUCUGUCUGAAAGAGCUGGUGAACAGAAAUUCACCGAGGAUGCUAUGAGAAAAAAGUGCAGGAAAUGUGGUUAUAACUGGCACGGAUCACUGGCCGAAUGCCCUGCUAGGAAAGCCAAAUGUGACAAAUGUUCCGAGAUUGGACAUUUUUUUCGAUGUUGUCCCUCCCGCGAAAAGUGGAUGAGAAAAAACAAAAACGCUGUUAAGGAAAUCGAACAGCAAGAUUCAGACAGUGGUUAUCAACAGGUUCCUGAGAUUUUCAUAGGGAAUAUAGACAGCAGUGACAAAGCCUGGGUCCAGGAGGUAAAAGCAAGCUGUGGAAACCAAGAUUUAGGUCUUAUAAAAUUUAAACUUGACACAGCAGCUGAUGUAACCAUGAUUCCUGUAGGAGUUCUUGGUGAUUUUAUUAAGACUCUGCCUCUAGGAAAGUGCAAAUCCCCUGUGUUUAGCGCAAAGAAGAAAGAACGAAUCAAUAUUUUGGGAACUUUAAGGCUAAAGCUUGAACAUAAGGGUGUAUCAGUUUAUGAUCUUGCGUAUAUUUCUGAGGAGAUCACUGGUCCACUUCUUAGCAGACGUUCCUGUGAAGAGCUGAACCUGGUGAGGAGAAUUUUUUCUGUAGAUUCACAUGAUAUUGACUGGGCUACUAAGUAUCCUAAUUUAUUUCAAGGGCUGGGAAAUAUGAAAGGAGAGUACAAGAUUGAAAUGAAGGAGAAUGCAGUUCCUUACGCUAUAUCCACCCCCAGGGUUGUACCAAUACCUUUAAAAACCAAGGUGAAAGAGCAGUUAGACGAUAUGCUUGAGAAAGGAGUGAUUGUUCCAGUUGAACACGCGACUGAUUGGUGCGCACCAAUGGUAGUUUGCGCAAAAAAGGGAGGUGGGGUUAGGAUCUGCGUAGACCUAUCCAAACUCAACAACAGUGUGAAACGUCGGUUUUAUCCUAUCCCAAAGAUCGAACUUUCAUUGGCCGAGAUCGCGGGAGCCAAGUACUUCAGCAAGAUCGAUGCGAAUUCCGGGUUCUGGCAACUGAACCUUGCAGAGGAGUCACAAGAUUACACAACAUUUAUCACCCCUUUUGGGAGGUAUAAAUUCCGUAAGUUACCUUUUGGAAUUACGUCCGCUCCUGAAGAGUUUCAGCGCCGCAUGUCAAAAGCUUUAGAAGAGGCAAAGAACUGUUUAGUGCACAUUGACGACUGUCUGAUAUGGGGAAGAACGAAAGAAGAACACGACGAGUGUCUUAGGGCCGUUCUAGAGAGAGUGCAAGCUAAUGGAAUCACCUUGAAUAAGCAGAAGUCGGAGUUCUGCAAGAAGACUGUGACAUUUCUGGGGUUUGUGCUGUCUAAGGACGGAAUCAAGCCUGAUCCAAGCAAGGUACAAGCGAUUGUGGACUUACCAGCUCCAAGAAACGCUAAUGAAGUACAAAGAUUCAUGGGCAUGAUCACUUUUCUGGCAAAAUUUAUUCCGAACCGCAGAAAAGACCUUGCCAUAGCAGAUCUACUAUCAAGAAGUCCUAUUCCGGCUGACGAAGAUGGCGAAUUGACCGAAGAAGUGGAAGCCUUCGUCCACGAAAUCAGUCUGAUUAGUAUAAACACUACAGAUGAAAAUGUGACAAAGGAGUGGGGGUUCUCCACAUUCAGAAGUAGUCCCCACCACCAUCAGGGAAAUGGGGCAGCUGAAGCAGCUGUGAAAGUAGCAAAAGGGCUAAUGAAGAAAAACAAGGAUAAAUUUGAACUUGCCCUACUUUCUUACCGGACCUCACCUCUUGAAACCGGCUUUUCCCCAUCUGAACUUAUGUUUGGAAGGAAAUUAAGAGACAAUCUUCCAUCUACUUUGGUUGGAAAUCCUGUGGAAAAUAAGAAUUUUCUUGAGAGGGAGAAUAAGUACCAGAAUAAGUACAAGAUACAAUUUGAUAAACGACAUGGAGCGAGUGGUUUAAGUGAAUUAGAAGUUGGAAGCAUGGUAUGGAUCACAGAUCUACGUCGACACGGUAAGGUAGUCAGGAAAUUGAACGAACCACGUUCCUACCUUGUGGAAACUGACAAGAGAACUAUUCGCCGAAACAGGAAGUUCUUAGUUCCUGCACCGUACUACGGAGGAGAUGGAAUUCUUUCAAACUGUUCAUCCAUGGUCCUUAAUCGUCCAUGCAACUCACGUGAUCGUCCAGGAGCUGGCACAGUAACCCGUUACGGAAGGUCCAUUAAGAAACCGAGGCGGUACUGA